AUGGCUCUUCGAAUGCCACUUCGUCGCGUUGCUCCACUGAUCCGACCGGCCACGGCGGCCGCGCGAAGCUUCCACAGCACGCCUCGCGCCCUGGUGAAGGUUGGCGACGAAAUCCCCAGCAUCGAGGUUCUUCACGAGACAUCGCCCGGUAACAGAGUCAACCUUGCCGAGGAGUUUGCCAGCAGCGAUGGAUACAUUGUUGGUGUCCCGGCCGCGUUCUCGGGGACUUGCUCCAGCAGCCACAUCCCCUCGUACAUCAACAGUCCCAAGCUCAAGUCGGCCGGCAAGGUCUUUGUGGUUUCGGUCAAUGAUGCUUUUGUCAUGAAGGCCUGGGCUGACCAGCUUGACCCGGCCAAGCAAACUGGGAUCCGCUUCCUCGCUGACCCGUCUGCUGCCUUUACUCAGGCUCUUGACCUUGGAUUCGACGGCACCGCCAUCUUCGGCGGCGUACGAGGCAAAAGAUACGCGCUCAAGGUCGUGAACGGCAAGGUCGCUGCGGCUCACGUCGAGCCUGACGGCACUGGCUACAAAGGUGAGCUAGCUUGCCCUUUUUUUGCGAUAGUACGCAGAGAGCACCGAAGUCUACCGCGUGCCUGGCUGCGUGGCCUGACCAGAUUACAAAGCGCAGCCGCCACCAUUCCGCCAACCACGAGGAAGCGGAAGGCUGCUGAGGCGACGAUUCUCUCCCCAACCCGAGAAACCACUUCUAAUAAAAAGCCACUUGCCUCAGCAGCCAAGGUUGAAGCGGCGCCCCCUACGCCCGUGACUACCGGAAUGGACUCUGACGACGACUUCAUGUCUCACGGCUCGAGCGAUGACGAGCUACUGCUCGACGACAGCGGAGACGACAUGUCGGGGCCCGACGACUUUGACGAUGAAGAUUUCGACGAGCCUGACCCCGAAUUCGGACUCGGCAGCAAGGAACUCGAAGCCCCGAGGAGGCAAGCACACAUUGUACCCUUCAAGGUGUUCGACCCGGCCGACAUCCAGAAGCAGCAAGACGAUAUUGUGGACGAAGUCAACAUGAUUUUGAACAUGAGCAAAGAGGACGCGGCGAUUCUGCUCCGACACUUUCGGUGGAACAAAGAACGCUUGCUAGAGGACUACAUGGACCGGCCAGAACGCGUCCUGGAGGCUGCCGGGCUCGCCAGUACAACGACGGAACCCCCACAACUCGAGGUCAUCCCCGGAUUCAUGUGCGACAUCUGCUGCGAAGACGGUGACGAUCUCCAGACAUUUGCAAUGAAGUGCGGCCACCGUUACUGUGUGGAUUGUUACAGACACUAUCUGAAACAAAAAAUCAAGGACGAGGGAGAAGCCGCCCGCAUACAAUGCCCCUCGGAUGGAUGUGGCCGCAUUCUCGACUCCAGAUCUCUGGAUCUUCUAGUCACCGAGGACCUCGUCGACCGAUACCGCGAGCUGCUGAACCGCACGUAUGUCGAGGACAAGGAUAGUUUUAAGUGGUGUCCAGCGCCCGACUGCCCGAACGCGGUUCAGUGCUCUGUCAAGAAGAGUAGUCUCGACAGGGUCGUUCCGACGGUCGAGUGUCGCUGCUCAUUCAGAUUCUGCUUCGGCUGCCCCAACCCUGACCACCAGCCCGCGCCUUGCGAGCAGGUCAAACGUUGGCUCAAAAAGUGCGCUGACGACUCUGAGACGGCAAACUGGAUCUCGGCCAACACAAAGGAGUGUCCCAAGUGCCAGUCCACCAUUGAGAAGAACGGAGGGUGCAACCACAUGACAUGCCGCAAAUGCAAGUACGAGUUCUGCUGGAUGUGUAUGGGACCAUGGUCUGAACACGGCACGAGCUGGUACAACUGCAACAGGUUCGAGGAGAAGAGUGGCUCAGAAGCUCGAGACGCCCAGACUAAAUCUCGCACAUCGCUCGAACGCUACCUUCACUACUACAACCGCUAUGCCAACCACGAACAGUCGGCCAAGCUUGAUAAGGACAUUGCACAGAAGACUGAGAAGAAGAUGGUGCAGCUGCAGAGCGCGUCGGGCAUGUCCUGGAUCGAAGUGCAGUAUCUCAACUCAGCAUCGCAGUCUCUUCAAACGUGCCGCCAGACAUUGAAGUGGACAUAUGCCUUUGCUUACUACUUGGCGCGCAACAACCUGACGGAGAUCUUUGAGCAGAACCAGAAGGACCUGGAGAUGGCAGUGGAGAACCUGUCUGAGAUGUUUGAGAAGCCCGUGGCGGACUUGUCUGACGCCAAGCUCAAGGUGGAUAUCAUGGACAAGACGUCAUACUGCAACAAGCGGCGCAUCAUCUUGCUCGAGGAUACGGCGACCAAUCUAGCCGAAGGUGAGUUCUUUCCGUGA